GAUCCGACAGCUGCGACAACAACAAAAAAGAGGUCAUGCGUGUUGCACUGCGACCACGCAGUGGUUGCUUGGUGCUCUGCCUGGGUCUGUCUGCCUUCUCGCUACUGCUGCAGAGCCUCUGGGUGCCACUGGAAAUAUCCAAAGAUGACCCUGUUGGGAGGUCCCCUGCUGAGGAUCGGGGUCUGGGUUUUCGCAGGCUGGCUCUUCGCUUAGAGGCUCUUAGUACUCAAGUGCAGAGGCUGAACAGAGAGCGAGACGCUAAGAGGACCUCAGAGGAUCUCCAUAUGCUUCUGCAGAGCUUGAGACAGGACCAGCAAGGCUUGGCCCGCUUGGUGGAGAAGGAGCUGAACAGGGUUUCCCAGAGGCUGGACCACUUCAAUCAUCAUCAGCGCCAGCCUAACACCCCGCCAACACGUGAGAAUCAAGGAAAGCACAUAGAGCCCAAGGAGACGUGUGUGCUGCCCGUGGAUACUGCAUAUCCAGUGUGUGCAGAGAAAGUUGCGUUCUUGCAGGACAAAUGGCAGUCAGACCCCUGCUAUGCCUUUUACGACGUGGAUGGUACCGCCUGCUCCAUACUAACGUACCUCAGCCAAAUAGAGAACUUCUGCCCCCCUCAACCUGGCCGGAACCACUCUACUCCUACUUGGCAUCAGAGAGCUCAGCCCUACACAAAGAAGGCGGCGAUACGCACAAGCAUGAGUUCACUCUAUGAAGCCAUCAACAACAGCAGCGGCCCUGCAGUCAGAUUCAUGCGCUCCAGAGUGGAAAUGAUGUCAGAGUGCUGGAGACAGGCGGCUCUCACGAUGAGACAGCAAAACAACAAGACACAUUCAUCUCUCAUGAGGGUACUGCUUUAUCCCGGCGCUCUCGCUGGGGGUGCAGGCCAACAUUUUGAAGCUAUGGUGGAAAGAGGUGGUCCUCUUGGAGAGCUGGUUCAGUGGGCAGACCUUAGCGCCUGUUUGACCAUACUGGGCCACAAUGUGAGCCUCACCACUUCGCAGUAUCACCUCCACAGACUGAUAGGUGCCGCUCCUGGCCGAGGCAGCUGUCCGAUCAAGGGCCCCCUGUCGUUUGACCUCAUCUAUACUGACUAUCACGGUCUUGUUCACCUUCGAGGGGCCAUGGGACUGGCUUUCCAAUAUUACCAGUGCCGCUUCAGAAUUCUGGACUCGUUUGGCACUGAACCAGCUUUUAACUUGGGCAGUUAUGCUCAGCCCCAUGGAUUUAAAACACUUUGGGGUAGCUGGGGCCUCCAACCUCUGCAGUACAUGACCAUGUUCCCGCAUACACCUGAUAACUCCUUCCUGGGCUUUGUAAGUGACGAUGCAGUGAGGGCGCAGGAGUCCGACCUCAAUAGGAAGGAGAAGAUUGCCGUCAUUUAUGGCAAACAGGAAUACAUGUGGCAGGGACUUUCAGAGUAUGUCAAGGUGAUCAGCGAAGAGCUGGAGACCCACGCCACUGUCUACCAGCCACCCGGACACGUCUCCACCUUACCCAGCUUCGUAAGAAACCACGGCCUGCUCUCUCAGCGACACUUCCGGAGACUCCUCCGCAGAGCUAAGGUUUUCGUAGGUCUCGGUUUCCCCUAUGAGGGUCCAGCUCCCAUCGAGGCCAUUGCUCUCGGUUGCGUCUUCCUACAGCCACGGCUGAACCCGCCACACUCCUCAGACAAUAACAACUUCUACAAAGGAAAACCCACAACUAGAAAGAUCUCCUCCCAGCACCCGUACGCUGAAAAAUCCAUUGGCAGACCUCACGUGUGGACUGUGGAUGUGACCAACAAGACGCAAGUACGGGAAGCAGUCAAAGAAAUUCUACGCACGGAGGUGAAGCCUCUAACUCCUCGAGAGUUCUCUUGUGAGGGAAUGCUGGACCGGGUUCAUCAUUAUAUCACUCAGCAGAGUUUCUGCACUCCAUCAGUCGCCACGUGGCCUCCCGAAAGUGUGCUAAGGUUGCACAUGGGUCCCCUCGGUCAGUCAUGUGUAAGCGUGUGUAAGCGCGCCUCGCUGGUGUGUGAACCCUCACAGUUUCACCGGCUCAACAAUCCCGACGUGUUCGCAAGGCUAGCAAUCGGUUGUUCCAGCAUGACCGAGGAAGUCAAUCACAUCUUCCCCGCUUACACACCGUGGGGUCGACACUGUCGCCUCCAGCAGGAACCGCUGUUGUUCAGCUGCGCCGGCUCAGACGCUUCUCACCGCCGCCUGUGUCCGUGCAGAAUUUACCAACCUGGACAGGUGGCACUCAGUCCUGACUCAAUCCCGGACUUGUAG